GCGGGCCGGGCCGGGCCGGCGCCCCGUCAGCUUCGCUCGUCCGCGUCGCCCCGAGCCCCGGGGGAUGCCCCCGGCCGGCACCCCCCAUGGCCGCCGACGUCUUCAUGUGCUCCCCGCGCCGGCCCCGAAGUCGGGGCCGCCCGGUGCUGCUCAAGCCUCAGGUGCCUGAGGACGACGACGACUCGGACACGGAUGAGCCGUCCCCGCCGCCCGCCUGCGCUUCGGCCACCCCGGCCCGGGCCCACGCGAGCGCCGCGCCGCCGCCGCCCAGGGCCGGGCCUGGCCGCGAGGAGCCUCCGCGCCGCCAGCAGAUCAUCCACAGCGGCCACUUCAUGGUGUCGUCGCCGCACCGCGAGCACCCGCCCAAGAAGGGCUACGAUUUCGACACGGUCAACAAGCAGACGUGCCAGACCUACAGCUUCGGCAAGACGAGCUCCUGCCACCUGUCCAUCGACGCGUCGCUCACCAAACUCUUCGAGUGCAUGACCCUGGCCUACAGUGGGAAGUUGGUGUCUCCAAAGUGGAAGAAUUUCAAGGGCUUGAAGCUCCAGUGGAGAGACAAGAUUCGGCUCAAUAAUGCCAUCUGGCGGGCAUGGUACAUGCAGUAUUUGGAGAAGCGCAAGAAUCCCGUGUGCCACUUCGUCACUCCACUAGAUGGCUCUGUUGAAGUAGAUGAGCAUCGCAGGCCAGAGGCCAUCACCACGGAAGGGAAGUACUGGAAAAGCCGCAUUGAGAUCGUGAUCCGGGAGUAUCACAAGUGGAGAACCUACUUCAAGAAAAGGCUGCAGCAGCACAAAGAUGAGGACCUCUCCAGCCUGGCCCAGGAUGAUGACAUGCUUUAUUGGCACAAGCGUGGGGAUGGAUGGAAGACCCCGGUGCCCAUGGAGGAAGACCCGCUGCUGGACACGGACAUGCUCAUGUCAGAAUUCAGCGACACCCUCUUCUCCACACUUUCCUCUCACCAGCCGGUGGCCUGGCCCAACCCCCGGGAAAUAGCACAUCUGGGAAAUGCAGACAUGAUCCAGCCGGGGCUCAUCCCUCUGCAGCCCAACCUGGACUUCAUGGACACAUUUGAACCUUUCCAGGAGUUACCUCAGGGGGGAACGCCCUCUGGCCAUGGCAUUCCUCUGGACCUCUUCUCUUCCAGCCGCUCCAUUUUUGGUUCCGUGCUGCCUGCUCCUGUCUCAGCACCUGCACCAGAUCCCAACAGCCCACCUGCUCAGGAGAGCAUCCUGCCGCCCCCCACUCUCCCCACCGUGAACCUCCCUGAUGGCCUCAUUUCACCUCCUGCAGCCACCACCCUAGACCCUACGGAUAGGCAGGGCUGUGAUCGCGCUCCCCCGCCCGGAGACCCCUUUAUCCAGCCUCCAGACUUCGGUCCCUCUGCACCGCCGCCGAGUGUCCCCCAGCCUUUCCUCCCGGUGUUCACCAUGCCCUUGCUGUCUCCCAGCCCUGCCCCGGCGCCUGCUUCCCCUGCUCUGUCGUUAGCCCCACCCCCUGCCACUGCCUUGAGCCCCCUGGCUCCACCCGCCUUCCUGCAGCCCAAGUUUGCUGGAGCCAGCAAGUCUCCCUCCGUCAUCACGCACACGGCCUCCGCCACCCUCACCCACGAUGCAUCUGCCACCACCUUCAGCCAGAGCCAGGGCCUUGUCAUCACAACCCACCAUCCCACGCCUUCGGUGUCCCCCUGUGGCCUGGCGCUGCCUCCGGUCACCCGGCCGCCAACCGCUGGGCCCUCUCAACCCUGUUUAACUUUUGUGCAACCUAAACCGGUCUCCUUGACUGGGGGGAGGCCCAAGCAGCCCCCCAAAAUAGUGCCUGCUCCCAAACCAGAGCCUGUGUCCUUGGUAUUGAAGAAUGCUUGCAUCGCCUCAGCUGCCUUUUCAGGACAGCCACAAGCAGUGAUUAUGACAUCAGGCCCUCUGAAGAGAGAAGGGAUGUUGGCUUCCACUGUGUCCCAGUCCAAUGUGGUCCUCACGCCUGCCGCCAUUGCCCGGGCUCCUAGAGUCACGGAGUUCCACAGCGGCAUCCUGGUGACAGACCUCGGCCAUCCCACGAGCAGCCAGCCGGCUUCUGUCUCUCGGCUCUUCUCUCCAAGCACAGUGCAGGAGUCCCUGGUGAAGGGCGAGCAGGCCUCUGCGACGGGCUCCAGUCGAGAUUGCCCGAACUCGGGGCAGGCCUCUCCGUGUGCUUCAGAGCAGAGCCCCAGUCCCCAGUCUCCCCAGAACAACUGCUCAGGGAAAUCUGCAGACCCCAAAAAUGUGGCUGCUUUAAAGCAGAACCGGCAGAUGAAGCAUAUUUCAGCUGAGCAGAAAAGGCGCUUCAACAUCAAGAUGGGCUUUGACACCCUUAACAGUUUGAUUUCUAAUAAUUCCAAGCUGACCAGCCACGCCAUCACACUGCAAAAGACCGUGGAGUACAUCACCAAGCUGCAGCAGGAGCGGAGCCAGAUGCAGGAGGAGGCCCGGCGGCUGCGGGAGGAGAUCGAGGAGCUCAACGCCACCAUCAUCUCCUGCCAGCAGCUGCUCCCUGCCACCGGAGUCCCCGUCACCCGGCGCCAGUUCGAUCACAUGAGAGACAUGUUUGACGAGUAUGUGAAAAGCCGGACCCUACAGAAUUGGAAGUUCUGGAUUUUCAGUAUCAUCAUCAAGCCGCUCUUUGAGUCCUUCAAGGGGAUGGUGUCCACCAGCAGCCUGGAAGAGCUGCACCGGACGGCGCUGUCCUGGCUGGACCAGCACUGCUCCCUGCCCAUCCUCAGGCCAACGGUGCUGAACACCCUCCGGCACCUGAGCACCACCACCUCCAUUCUGACAGACCCGUCCCAGCUGCCGGAGCAGGCGGCAGAGGCUGUCACCAGAAUUGGCAAGAGAUCAGGGGAAUCUUAGCAGCGCCUGGCGGGGACGUGGCCACACACGAUGCCAUGAGGCUCUUCCCUGCGUGCGGAGAGGAUGCUGCACCCCACGCCUCUCUUGAUGCAGCGCUCAGGGCCCCCCUCCAACUCCAUUGGCCCACUGGGCCACUCAGAACACUGCGCUCAGGUCUGAAGCAGGUUCGGGUCCUGCCAACAGCAAUAGCCCAUCUUUGGGAACCCCUUGCUGUGAACUCUCACUCAGCGACCUCAGUCGUGACCUCCCCUGCCCUCAGGCAGCCCAAAGUCCCGUCCUGCUGGUGGUCUGCGGGCCCAUGGUGCCCAGCAGAUGGGAGUAGAUGGGACAAAGGGGGCAGGGCCUCCUCCUGUGAGCUAAGAGGCUUAAGGGUUCCUGUCCGGUUCUGUCCUCAGACUUAGAGAUGCUCCCUCCUGUCACCCCCCAGGCAGUCAGAUGGCUCCGAGUGACCCCUGUGCCGCUCUGACAUGCUCCCGGGGCAGGUGGAAGGCGUCUUUCUUCCUCCCUCAGACUCUGACCUUGUAAGUAGGUUUGGACGGCUGCUCAGGCUUGCGCAUGGCAGGCUGUCUCCCACCGCACCGGCCACCAGGGAGCCUCCGAACCCGCGUGCAGAAGCAGUGGGUUUGAAUGCACGCGGGACCAGAAGGAAAGCACGAGCAAUGCAAAGCUGCCGCCCUGGCUCAGAAACCCCCUCGGGCGGCACUGCGGUCUGGGAUGACUUCGUUCUUCCUGGCAUUGUGAUGGCCACACGUCGCUGACUGGAGAACCGUGGCCCGAGGAGGCCCCACCUCACCGCAGGCCCUCGUUCUCCGCCUGCUUCCAAGCCGCAGCCUCGGACGGAGCAGCAGCCUUCGGUGGACGCGUACAGCCCUCAGGGUACAGCAUCUGAAAGGCCAGACUCCGCGGCGCCGUCAUCGGCCUGGUCAUCUUGUCCGGAUUGUUCAGCCAGGAACACCAAACCGUAACAGUUCUCGGACCAAAGAUGUCACCACACCCAAAGUCUGCCCUGUCUUGUGUUUGGAGGAAGAAAUCGAGUGUUGACAGGCAGAACUCUGAGGCAGCCAGCCUUCGAGCGGUCUCUAGGCACCUCCCGGAUUGCAGGGAAGAGUUACACUCCUCUUUGGUCAAGGUGGCGGGAUGGCUGGAGGCCAUGGCCUGCUUCCGAACGGGGGGACUUCCAGCUCGGGGGCCGGGCCGUUCUCUUGCUGUACCUGCAGGAGGAGCUGCAGACGGGAGGGCCGGCGCUCGCUCUAACCUCUACCACUCAGGAAGCCCAGCCGAGGGUACCUCCUUGUUCAAAGAAUGUGCUUCUGACGUCCUGCUGCGAAGUCCAGAGGGCCGGUGGACUUGCGUUCGACCUCUGGCCUCCCUGCAGGGAUGGAGCCCGGGCAGGCUGGGCAGGCCGGGCCGAGCUCCGCCGGGGCUCCAGGGGCUGCCUCCUGAGGCCUGGGUCCACCCGAAGGCUCCCACUGGUUCCCGGAGGCCUGCCGGAGGUGCCCUGAGGGCAGCCAGCCCCGCCUCAGCCCCAGCCCGUGAAGGGGGUGUCCUCUCCCUGCCGCCGGCCAUACCCGCCGUCUCUGCUGCGGGUCACCGACCGGUCGCCUGCUCCCGUGUCUGUGCUUCAGCCGCAUACAAGAGCAGCUUGGCGGCACCCCUCAGCCUCCCCAGAAAAACAUGUUUACAGGCCUUCCAGAUCACUCCCCUGAGGGGCGAGCACAGCACAGGGCAGGGCUCAUCCUUCAUAUCCACUGGGAAGUGGUAGGAGGACUCGCCCCCCACCCCCCAGGGUAACCGGAAAGUCUCCCUUCAGAAGGGGGAAGACCACCAUGGUAAGAACUCAUUAGGGUCAAAAGGAGAAACAUAAGAUGUCCCCAGCUAUGAGGGCUCGUGGAGGGUCAUGAGCCCGGUCCCUUCCACGGCUCCUGUGCCUUUGUAAACCGCGUGGAUGGCCGCAGUGCUUGGCCCACCCAGGCCUCUCCUGAAUCAGCAGCCUUCCGCGCACCCCGUGCUGGGUUUUUGUUUGUUUGUUUGUUUGUUUUUUUUUUUUAACUCCAUGGGGUAUAAAAUCGGCCUCCUGCUUCUUCGGCCUACCUCUCCUCCUCUCCCUUUUGCUGAAUUAAUGUUCAUGAUUCCGUUUUGUUGAAUAUUUAAGGCUGUUAGGUCACGUGAGACUUUGAGGGGUAUGAGAGAGAGAGAGAGAGCGAGAGAGUGUGUGUGUGUGUGUAUGUGUGUGUGUCCUAGCAGACUGUUGACUAGAUGCAUGUUUUUGUUUCAAGAUAAUUACUUAAAUCCAUUUCUCUUGGUGCUCACGAUUACCACGGCUGUAGGGCCACAACGCUGAAUCUCUUACCACAGACACGAUUGUUUCUUGUCCCAGAAUCAUUUCUUGCUUGUUUCGGAAUCGUGUUCGAUGAACAUAGUCAGACAGGGGGCCCGGCCUGCGUGCAGGGUCAGCGAGACCACUCUGCUGGCGGCCGCCAGGGGGCGCUGGCCCCGGGGCUGUGCCGUGUUUACACUCCUUCUCACCCCUGCUCCUGCCUCUACUCCCAGGAAGGAAACAUUAAAACGCUGACACUUUGGAGAAUUAGACAAACAAUCGGAAAAGGAAAAAAAAAAGGCCCAUCUGGCAUAUAAAUCUUUGAAAAGCAUUUCUGUGAAAUCUUUCUGUGCCAUCAGUUCCCUUCACACUGCUGCCUGCUCUGUCACAGCGAGUGGGUCAGGCAGGGACAGGGCAGGUGCCGCCCUGGGGCUUUCUGAGAGUGGCUGGCCGUCCCUCCCGCCUCUGGCCUCAGGCGGUUGCCCGCCCGCAGUCACCCUCGCCGGUGCUCCCGGCCGCUGUCCAGCCAUUUUCUCACACUGGAGCUGUGGUUCCAGCAUCAGACAGUAGUUCACGGGCGUCACCGGCUCUUGUCGGGAGGAGGGAACCCCCCGCCCUGCCCUGUUCCUGGAACCUUUGCAGGAGGAGGGGCGAUCAGUCCCAUGAGUCCUUGGGCACCUGGCUUCAUCGGCUUCCCGACCUUGUGACCUGACCCCUUCCCUUUGCUAGAGGUCGGGCCUGAAGGUUUUGCUGCUCUGGUCGAUAGAAACAUAAACUUAGACUGUGAGGGAGCGUGGCACCCCAGGGUGGUGCCGGCCCCCUUUGUCUGGCCCCAGGUGCGGGGGUCUGAGAACUGAAGAAUGAGCAGGUUGGUGGUUUCCAGGGUUACGAGCUGUCACCGUGUAGCUGAAGCACACAUGCUACGUGGGGCCAGGCUGUCCCUCAACAGUCUCGGCCCCGCUGCCCGGGGCCCUGCACGCUGGGUGCGAGCUGGCCCUCACGCUCUUUUCUCCCUGGUGGGAAGUUGCCUUUCCCUAGAGACGCCCUGCUUCUCAUUAUGCACUUUGCCAGUGGUGACACCUGCCCACCACUAGCCGCAACUUAGCUGUGCCAAGUGUCCUGCAGGCGCGGUCUCGUCAGGAAAGGGAGCUGGGGGGCCCUGACGUGGGCCGUAGUCUGUGCCGCGGGGCCCCAGUGCCUUGUGUGUUAAAGAGAAUCUUCACCACGUCUGGACACGGACAAGGGGAGGGGAGGGCAGGGCUGGAGGGCGGAAGAGCUUGGACAGAUGCUCAACACCUGUUUGUACCAUUCAGUAGUCUCCUUGGCCUUGAACCCGUCCAAUCGGAGGGGCUGCAGGAGCAAGGAGAAGCCUUAGGACCCACCGUGCACCUCCACAGCUGCUCCAUUUUCUUUUCCUUCCGAGGACUUGGCUUUCCUGGCUCAUCACACAGGGGGGCUGUUUCCUUGUCAGGGUUUUUGCGAAAAUCAGCCUUUGACAAAGAAAAGGGAACUUUUCAUGUUGAAUGUUGGCUUUGACUCUGUGUGUGUGUGUGUGUGUUGUGUGUGCGUGUGCGCGUGCAUGUGCUUGCACAAGCCUGCCUGUGUGCAUUUACUUAAUGGAAUUUUAUUUUUGUGAAAUUCCUUCCCAAGUAUGUAGCAAAAUUCACCUCGAUCUCCCAGGCAGACUUCCGGUUCCACAGUCAACCCUGGGCAUCACUCAUUUGAAGAAUUCUCUUCUGGGUUUCUUAACAGAGGUGUGCUACUCGCAAGGCUUGAGGUUCUGGAAGGUUGGGAGACACACACGUUUUUUCUAUCGAGUUUCCAUCCUACAGUCGAAGGGUCUGAAGGGCUUGGGCCCAGGAGACACAACUCCAGGCUGUUUCUCCCAAGCGAGCUUGAACACAGCCUGUCCCCUGCAACGCCCUGCUGUCUGUGUACCCGAACCUUCUCAGACAGCCCCCGAAAGGAAACCGGAUUCAUCUACUCACUUUGUAACAUCACGGCUGAGCCACCACGUUCUCUUCCUUUUCCAGGUUUCAAUUUUCAGUAUGUAACUGGCUCGUUUUUUCUCUUGUGAGCUUUGGUAAUUGUCAGGGCUCCAUUAGGAGGAAGUCUCCUCUCGUGGUCUGAAAAGCAAAACCGAAGAAGAGCCUUGUUAAUCGGAGGCUCCUUCAGGCCUGCGCCAUCCAGAACACCACCCUUCAUGCUCCGCUGCCGAGAAGCACGUUUCCACCAGCUGUAUUCAACACUACAAUGCAGUUUUAAAACUAUAUUUGCAUCCGAGACAAUAAAAAGCUGUAUUUUUUUUGAAAAGCC